UUGACUGCAGCCUUGGUUUGAGUAGGUCGUCUGUUUGUCUCUAGAAUCAACGAAUCGAGGGAAUUUGCUAGUGCUGACAGCAAGACCCUGUCGAUCAUUGUCACUGCACUGUUUCUCUACUCUAGACGUACGAUUUUGUUGCAACAUCGACUUGUGAUGUCAUUUCCGUUUGAGCAUGUCGGAUGAAUAUGAGCGAUACGUUACUCGCAACAUCGUGGAACUUGUUGAAACGUUGCGUCCGUCGUUGCUAUUAGAACAUUCGGUCGCCAGUAAUCUUGUGACUAUGCAAGAAGCUCGCAAACUAAGACAAUGUUCUACAGAGCAAGACAGCGCGCGAAUGCUGCUCUACGAUAUCCUGCCAUACAAAGAAAACGCCGUCGAUCGAUUUUGCGAGGUGCUCAAACAAGCAGAUCAGUCGCAUAUCGCUAGAGACGUUAUGAAGAGAGGAGGCGUGGUUUGUACAGAUGAGUGUGCAAGUAAUCUGCAGACAGGACGGCAACACAUUACAAGAGAAGUUAUGGGUAAAGAAGAUGUAGUGGAGAGUGCAAAGUGGAGCAUCAAAGUUAGUGUGAGUGGUCAUGUAAGAGGCAAAAGUGACGUGAGCUCUUCGCCACGCCCAUCAGUUAGCGCUGCACGUGACGGUGGGACAACAGCACGUGACUUUGACUUAGAAGUUGGAGAUGCUGCAGGAAAUUGUAUUACAGUUAGUGAAGGUGAACACAAUCUGUUAGGUGAAGCAUUGGGGUGUGUAUCACGUGACAUACAAAGUGAUGUCAAACAAGUUGAAAUUGCAGGAGAACAGCCAGAACCAUGGCCACGCCCAUCACAUAUCACAUAUCACACACAUCCUUUGGUGUCAGACAUUGAAGAUGAUGACGAUCCGUGGCCUGCUCUUAGACACAACUACGUGUUUCUGUCCAAACGACUGCGUUGCAACUCUUUCUUUCUUGGUUGUUUGUAUGAGAAGAAUUUGAUAUCAAAUGAUGAUUUUGACACACUCAGCAGAGACAGUCUCUCUCAUGUAGAAAAGAUUCGUCGUCUGAUUGUUGGCAUUCUUCCCAGCAAACCACCAGAGAUGUUUGAUACAUUCUGUGACAUUCUCUGCUGUGUCGGCCAAUCACAUGUGGCCAAUCGACUGAUGCAGGAUCCUCAACGAGUGCGACUCCUUGCACAAGGAGCGAGUAGAAAAAGUGAAAAGGAAAGUUUUCAAAGAAGAGUCGAGAUGUUGUUGGUUCAAGUGGCUGAUUUGGACAGAGAAAAACGAGAAGCCGUGAAGAGAGCUGCUGCAGCGGAAGCUCAAGCUCAAGAGGCAAGAAGGGAGACAGAAGAAGCAAGAGAGGAAGCUCAAGAGGCAAGAGAAGAAGCCGAGAAAGCAAACAGAAGAGCUGUGACAGCUGAAGUGAAGAUGAGAGGAGAAGAACUGACAAACAUGGCAUUUAGGACGAAGCUUCUUUCUGCAGAUGAGAUCAAUGACAGUCUGCCAUCAUGGACACAGUGGAAUGUACACAUACCUCAUGACCCUAGAAUGAAUGAAUAUAAUAGAAUGGGAGAGAUUGAAGGCAGACUAGUGGUAGGAGGUCGUGAUGGUAAUCUGCAUGUUCUCACUUAUGAACAUGAUAAGUGGGACAAGUUUGUCAGAAAGAAUGGUAUCAUCAUGAAUGUAGUGUGUCAUCAAGGUGUGUGUCUGGUGUGUGUGAAGGAUGGAGAUAAAGAUCAGUUAGUGAUUGAACAAUUUCAUUUGAAUGAAGACAAGAAAUGGCGUUUCCUCACAGUUCUACCAAAUGAACUGCAGUUGUAUCAUGUAUCUGUUGCUCUUCAUGACAACUCACUGUAUGUGGUGGGUGGUGAGACUAAGUCAUGGAAGAGAGUGAACACAGCACGUGUGUGUGACCUUCACAGCGGUCAUUGGUAUAAGAUGGAUGACAUGCAAACAAAGCAUUGUUCCUGUUCUUCUGUUAUUAUAAACAACACAGUGUUUGUAGGGGGAGGAGAGACUGGACGUUACUCUAGUAAUAUUGUUGAGUGUGCAGAUGUUCGUGAUAGAAAAUGGAGAACAAUCCCCUCUACAACCACAUAUUGGCCUACACUAACGUCAGUCAGUAACAGACUGGUGGGGACUGGAGGAGAGACACAACAACAGAUGUGUUAUUCUCCUUCUAAUAUUGUAGAAUUAUAUGAUGAGAGAUCUACCAAAUGGCUUCCUCUUCCACUCAUGACACACAAACGGGUGGAACAUGCUGCAUUCUCAACUCAGAAUGGAGAACUCAUCACAGCAGGAGGGUUGGGUUGUGACUAUUCAAUAGAAAGUCUUAAGUGUGACUAAUAUUUGCAUUUUCUUUCAAUUUGUGUGUAUUUGUUAUAUUAUAAUCUCUAGUGUUUGUAUAAAGACAAUUUGGUGUGAAAUUUAGUGUGUGUAACAUAAACUAGAUCGUGAAGGUUGUUUUCUUAAUUAGUAGUCACGUGAUUUGCAUUUUGAACGAGCAGUGGUGAAGUGGAAAAAGGAAUGCAAGCGUUGAA